GCUACCAUCCUCAUCAGAACCACUUUAAAAUCUUGCUAAGAAAACAAUCAUACAUAAAAGUAUGCCAUACUGUAACAUGUUUUACACACUAAUAUCAUCCGGAUCCGACCCGUACGCAACCCACAAACAUCAAUUAAGUCUGUCAGAUAGGUCCUUGUACAACCACAACUCAUCGAUCAUCACCAUCUUUUUCCUUCAAGUUCUUCAAUCCCUCCAUAACUCUCUCGAUUCUCCACCAAAUCAGUUCAUUCAAAAGGCCUACUUGAUUGAUUUUUCGAGGAGAACACGAUUCUAGUAUCCGAUUCGCUUCUGUUUGUAAGAAAUCAGCGCAUUGUGUGAAGAACCCUAAUUUCCAAAUUUGGGGUUUUUCGUUUUGGAGUGAAGUUUGUUGAAUCUGAAGCUUAUUCUAGCAUAUCUAAACAUAAAAGGAUGACGCGACUGAGACGUCCAGGGAAAGAAAAAGCUGUUGAUCCGCCUUCUAAGCCGGGUGCGGCAAAGAAGCGGAAAACAACCGGAAUAUCAAUCCGGGAACCGGUGGAAGAAGAACGAGAGGUUCAGGAAGAACCACAAGUUAGGAAAUAUGGUGACCCCCCGUAUAAGGGCAUGUGGGUAAAUGGGCAGUUAAGCAAGUUACCACUUGAAGUUCAACCGGAGUUAUUCUAUGAGAAGAUGGGUGAUGCUCAUUCGAUUAAGGAGAAUAUGAUGUGCGAAAAAAAAAUAAUGGGGUCGGAUUUUAAAGCUCUUGGGUUCUUUGAGAAAUUCACCGAAUUAGGUUGGGAAGCGGUGCUUAGUUUUAAGGGUCAUUCGAACGGAGAUGUAUACGUGAAAAGUAUUAUGGAAUGGAUGAGCACGCUUACAAAAGACGAUGGGAACGACCCCCCGAAAACUAUCACGUUAUCGGGAAAAGUCAACAACAAAACAGUCACUUUGUCGCCUGCUACUAUGAGGUCUUUAGCAAAGUUUGAUUCAAAGGCUGAUAGUUUUUAUCAAAUUGUGAAGCCGAUUGAUUACUUUUCACAUCCGGAGAAAUUGGUGGCAAGUAAUGUGUUGAACACAGAGUUGUUCAUGUUGAAUAAGGGAGAGGAGAUGAAGCGAGACAAUUUGAAACCGAAUGUACGCUUGCUGCUGAGUUACCUUCUUACGAAUGUGACACCCAGGACGGGUGAUAGGGUGGCAAUUAGAAAGUGGGAGCUACCAGUUCUUUACGCAUUGAUGACCGGUCAAUUACACCUCUCUUUCAGGCAGCUUGUAAUAAUGCAUGUGUGGCAGGCACGAAAUCAGAAAAACAAAAAGUUAAUCCCACACGCGCGACUGUUAAGUGCAUUGUUGGAAAAGCAUGGGGCACUCCGACCUGGGGAGCACGCGUUUAGAAAGCCACACACUGUAUUCGCGCUGGCGGAUGUUUGUAAGAGCGAGAAAAUUCUGUACAAAAAGACGAAAUUGUGGCAUAAAAUCAAAUUUGGUGAUGGUGUAAAGCUGAAGGUGCUUCAAUGGGGGAAGCAAGCACCUAGUGGAGGUGAAAUGGAUGACCAAGACUCGAGUGAUGAGGAAGUGAUGAGACGAAAAAGAGAAGCAGGGGAGAUUGUGGGUGCAGGUUCGAGUGCACAAGUUGAAGAACCGGUACGAUCAGAGCCAAGACAGUCGGCUCACUCAUGGUGUGGUUUUGACGAUGCGAUGCAGGCUCGGGUGGAAAGUAUGCGUCCACCCGAAUAUGUUACUUGGGAACCUUUUCAGCAGUCACUUUACGAUCAGGGUUCGAGGCUGGGUGUCGAACGGGAGCGGCAACACAAUGAGUUAAUGGCCUAUCAACGAGCUGUGCAUAUUGGUAACGAAAUGAAUCUGAAUUUAUGGGCUUAUGAUGAAAACCAAAGAAGGCGACACAAUGAUUAUUGUAUGGGGGUGCCGUUUGUGCAAAAUCCACCUUACGUGGAUUACAGUAAGCUACCACCAUUCCAGCCUGGCAUGGUGCGACCUCCUACGCCGCAGGUGCAUGGUUCUAUGUGGCUACCACGAGUGUAUUCGGAGCCACAUUUUCAGAGUUCGUAUCCGUUCCGCCCACCACCGUAUGAGUAUCCUUCUCAGCAGCAGAGUCAGCAAGAGCAGCAGUCGUCGACAGCUCAGCAACAGCAAGAUCCGCCCGCAACAGGAGGCUUGGCGGAUAUAUUUGAUAUGAGCUCCUUUUACGACACGCUGAGCAGCUAUUAUGGUGGACCGAAGCCAUCAUAUGAUUGAGCACUCGCUGAUCUGCACUGGUGUGCGUUAAGCGUGAUAUGAUUUUAUUAAAUAAUAUAAUUGAUUUGUUUGUUUCAAAUAAUCACCUUUUCAGAUGCACAACCUGCUGCACCUGCUAUGCCCUUCAUGCCUCCUGGAGCUGGAUUUUUUUUUGCAAAUCCUUGUGACUUCUUCUUAUCUAUGGCUGGUUUACUUAAUGUAUGGUUACAUGAUCCAAGCAUUAAGGAUAUAGCAAAGCAAAUAGAAAAAGAUGGCUGAGCAAUUUCGGCAGACUUUUCAUGGUGGUGAUGACGGCGUACCUCAAUUUGAUAUCAAACAACAGUAUUUUUCCACCACGGAGCAGCAGUUUAUGCAAAUCCCUCAGCUCAUGAAGAUGGCGAAAAGUCUUGGUACUGUCAUCAUGCAGGAUCCAUCAAUGUCUCAGAUGAAAGUUUAUCUAAUCCCGCUCAAAAGGAGCAGCUUGAAGAACAGAUGGCGCGUAUCAAAGAAGAUCCGUCUUUGAAACCUAUUUUAGAGGAGAUAGGAUCUGGUGGUCCAACAGCUAUGAUGAGUACUGGAAUGAUGAAGAUGUUUUAAUGAAAGUGGGUGAAGCCAUGGGUCGGAAGAUGCUACUGCUUCUGCUGGGCAUCCAGUUGCAGAUGGCCGAAAGAAGCUGCAGCGGCUCGACAAGGAGGCUAAGGCUAUAAAGGCUGAGUUGAUGAGCAAUCAGGAGAAGCUGCAGCUCGUUGAGGAGCAUGUUAAGGCUACGAAGGCUAUUUUGAUGAGCUUACUGGAGGAGCGGCACCAGCAUGGCAAAAUGAUCGAGGCUUUGAAGGCUGACUUGAUGAGCUUACUGGAGCAGCAUCAGCAUGACGAGCGGAUUGAGGCUUUGGUGCAUUGCGUUUUAGAAAAAUGUCAUUUUUAGGUUUUUUUUUUCUAUUGCGUUUUACGCAACUGGGUUUUUUCAUUGCGUUUUACGCAAUUGGGUUUUCAAAAUUUUUUUUCGAAAAUAUAGCAAUAGUAUACUCGUUUUAAAGAUAAAAAAACGCUCGUUUUUCGGUGCAAUUUUUAUAAAAAAAUAAUGUCGUA